UGAUAUAUAACAUGGAGCAGGGAGGUCAGUCAGCGGGACACCCCGAGAGGACCAGACAAAGGAACAGCUCCGGAGAAAGAACAGGUCCAUUGAGUGAUUCCAUCUGGAUGCAUGAUGUGUCACCCAAGCACUUUAAUAAAGGUUGUUCUUGGCAGCUUCUUCCUGCUGGUAGGACUGACAGAUAGUUCUGUGCCAACCUACAAGUGGACAGACAAUCUUACUGGAGAGCAGAUAACUUGCCAAAGAUGCCCACCGGGUACAUAUGUGGCAAAGCAUUGCACCACGGAGUCUAUAACUGAUUGCCAACCCUGCCCGGACCAACAUUACGCCCAGUACUGGAAUUAUCUGGAAGAAUGCCGCUUCUGCAACGUCUUCUGUGAGAGCCAAGGGAAAGUAAAACACGAGUGCAAUUCUACCCACAAUAGGGUGUGUGAAUGCCCGUCUGGCUACUAUCAAGGGCCUCAUAUGUGCGUUAAGCACACAAAGUGUCAGCCCGGGUAUGGAGUAUCUCAGAAAGGUACGUCAGAGAUGGACACUAAAUGUGUUCGUUGUGCUGCGGGAACAUUCUCUUCAAUUAGUUUUUCAAUGAAUCUGUGCCGACCCCACCGAAACUGCACCAAGGAUGACCUGUUUGUCAAUGCACCUGGCACAAUCUUUCAUGACACCAUAUGCUCCACAUGCAAGAACCUGGAGAGCUUGGAGGAUGAUGAUAACUGUUUUGAAGCAGCACUGGAUUUAAUAGCAUACAAGAUUUGGUCCAGCCGUAGACAUUUUCACAAGAUACUAAAGGAUCUACAGGUGGGGAAAAAGAGCCACAAAAAGAUUCACGAUUUCUUAAAGCGAUUGUCAAAAAAAGAGGUACGGAAACUACUACGAAACUGCCAGGGCACGAGCUUCACAUUUAGACCAAGGUCUAUGUUACAGGAGCCUGCUGGACUUUAAACUUGAGGAACUCUUUGGAUCUGUAGAAUAGUUACUCCUAGGAGCUCCACCAUUUAUUUUCUGCCUUUGAACAUUGAAGUUCCCAGCUCACAAGUGGCUUCCAAACAUUUCCAAAGAUGGGCAUCUGGUGCCUUUUUUUAGAAACUAAUGUGCAAACCAAUAAAUGUCUUCUUCGAAGCAUCAAGUGCCACUUACAUUUAUUUGAAUACCACUUAUAGACCAAUUUUUAUGUUUUGAAUUCAAAGUUGUAUUGACCACGAAACGGACCAAUAACAAACAAGAGAGCAGAAACGAAUGAAUCUCCUCAUUUAAUUUAUUUUGCCGUUCUACAUUGUUCUCACCCACUAAAAAACAAACAAACAAAAAAGUAAGUAUGGUCUGUGUUUUUGUUUGUUUUUCAAUUGAAGGGAAAUAGUUCUGUAACAUUAAAUUAUAUCUUGAAAGAAAUAAGAA